AUGGUUGAUUUUUUGAAGACUGAAAUUGAUUUGGUUUGUGAAGGUGAAUAUUUUCAUGUUAGAUGUUGCACACACAUUAUGAACCUAAUUGUACAUGAUGAAUUCAAAGAAAUUGAUGCUAUUAUAAAGGUUAGAAAUACUAUGAAGUACUAUAAAGGUUCACAAUCUAGGAGGCAAAGGUUUUUAAGUAGUGUUGCACAUGUAGAGCUACCAUCUUCAAGGGGUUCAAAACAAGAUGUUCCCACUCCAUGGAACUUGACUUACAUUAUGUCGGAUUCAGUUUUGUACUAUAAAGAAGCUUUUAUUCAUUUGGCGAAAACUGAUGCUAAUUAUUUGCAUUGUCCAACAAGUGAUGAGUGGGGAAGAAUUGAAAGGACUUUCAAGUUCUUGAAGGUUUUCUAUGAGGUAAUUUGUGCAUUUUCUGGCUCUAAAUAUACUACUACCAAUCUUUAUUUUGCUAAUGUUUUGACGGUUAGAGUGUUGUUACACAAAGAAAAAAAUAGUGAUGAUACUUUCAUGAAAAACAUGGCUAGUCGGAUGUAUGAGAAGUUUGAGAAAUAUUGGGCUAAUUUUAGCACAGUUAUGGCAUUUGCGGCUGUUUUGGAUCCUCGUUAUAAAUUCCAGAUUGUUGAAUGGGGUUAUGAGAAAGUUUAUGGGCAUGAGUACAAAUCUGAGUUAGCAAUAAUAAAAAAGAAAUUGUUUUCAUUAUUUAAUGAGUAUGUGGAUGAGUCACAUUUGAAUAAAACCAAAGUUGGUCAACAUAAGAGUGGAUCGUUGGACUCUCAAGAAGGAUCUCAAGAUGUGCUAGAUGUGGCUUCUGCUUCACUUAAGAUGGACUUCGAUACCUUUUCAAAUAAGGUGACUUCUCAAGCCAUAAAAUCUGAACUUGAAUGUUAUUUAGAGGAGAAGCUCAUGCCUCGUGUGAACAAUCUAAACAUUUUGGACUAUUGGAGAACUCAUGAAGUUAGCUAUCCAACUCUUGCUCGAAUAGCUAGGGACAUCUUAGUUAUCCCUAUCUCAACAGUGGCAUCUGAAUCUGCUUUUAGCAUUGGCAGUAGGGUCCUUGAUGCUUAUAGAAGUUCAUUGAAGUCUUUUACAGUUGAGGCUAUUAUUUAUCUAAGAGAUUGGGUAUAUGGAGAAGUACAAAUGGAAGCGCAUCUUGAGGCGCUAUGUGGAGCAAUCAUGACAGAGAAGAUAGAAGAUCAAGAAGAAAGUAAUACCGAGAGUGAAAUUGGGGGCAGAAGCGACAGGGAGAAGCGAGAAGCGAAGCGAAGGGGUGUGGUCCGUGUGGAGUGUGGUCGUCGAUUAGGGCAGAAGCGAAGGARACCGUGCUACUCUAUUGUUCCUGAUACUGCUGUUGUUCCUGAUUUUGCUGAUUCUCUGCCUAGACUCCAUUCAUUUUCUGAAUCAAAUGCCUGA